AUGACCCAGAAACCGAAGGCAGGCAGAGGAGAAGUUCUAGAACGUUCCCGGAUCGCAAAUCGGAGAACCACGGCCAAAUUCUCAGACGCCGACCGUGACCUCCUAGAUCGCCUUCUCAUCGCCGCCACCGCAUCCGCCGCUGCCACGUCAGUACCUCCACGGGGCCCACCGCAGAGCUUGGAUCAGCAGCGCCGGCCAAGCAGCAGAGCAGCAGAGUUUCGUUUCUGGCUCGCUCGCUCGCUCGCUCGGUCGAAAACGGAUCCCAGGCGCUUUUUCGCUUUCCGCAUUGUGGCUGGUUUUUAUUAG